CAAGUCCUGCUUUCCUCCUUGCCCGUUGUAUUCAAGGAUGUGUCCUCAGCUGGCCUGGCAUUGGCUUCCUCGGCUUUUGCUUUCCAGAGUGUUCAAGCUAGCCUUGUUGCUGUAGAAAGGUUGGUUCUGCUAGAAAAGGCUGUGGACGAAUUAAAAAGAAAAGAGAAAAGUUUUCACGCUCGUGCUGAUGUUGAUGCUCGAACGAUCCAAAGUCUCCGUAGUGAUAGUUCAAGUUUGACAACUCAAAUCUCAACCUUAAAAACCCGUAUUAAGUCGUUGGAAGCGUAUGGGAGGAAAAAGAAACAAGAGGUUACUGACGCGGCCUGUUUUUAUGCUUGGAAAACCAGAGGUGAACUGAUGACUUCAUUCCUCGCAGGCGAGAUGUCAAACUGGGCUGCGGAACAGGACGUUGCUACCUGGUCAAAGCUUCAAGAUGAGAUGGAUCCCCCAAUUGGAGAAGACGGUUUUGACAUUGGUCAGUCCGAUAAUGAGGCUGAUUCCAGACGCUCCCAAGAUAACUAACUGCACCCCUUCCCCUUUACUUUCACGUCUUUAAACAUUUGCUUUUGCCUCGAAGACUCAUUCUGCUAUUACUGCCCCUGCAUCAUGGUUUUAAUAUUCUCCUGUGGAUUUAUGGAUAUUGUGCUUGGUGGUUUAUCCAAGCCAAAUCCAUGUUGUUUGGUGAUUCCGUUGCUACUCCU